AUGCAUUGUAACGUAACAGAAUGCUCAGUAGGGAGCACUCUUCUUCAGGACAAGCUCAGCAUGAAUACAGCUCAGUUGAUUGGCAGCAAGCAUCUGUCCGUUCUGCUAAAAGAUGAAAUAUUUACAGAUUUCUUCAACACAUUCCUAAAUCUUCCUGUGUUUGGUCAGACACCUCUUUUCAUUUGCAGAACGCGACAGUGGUACCUGUGGCCAGAAUUACCAUGCAACCAGGUAUCAAAGCACAAAGGCUUAUUGAAUUGGAUGGAGAAGCAUCGGCUGCCUUUCUUCUGCAAAACAAAUCUGUUUCUUCACUAUGUACUCUGUGAGGAGCUUGUCAGUUUCAUCCGGUCUCCAGAGGCAGCUGAGAUGUUGCGAUGGAAAAAGGCUGAUCAGUGGCUGCUUGAAAAAUGCAUUGCUGGCUGUAGAGGCAUGUGGCGUUUUCGGUCCUUCAUGCAAGGAAUGGCAGGAGAAGAGCUCACCAAGUUCUGGCUUGCUGCAGAAAGGAUACUUGGCAUUGAUGAAACAGAUGAAUCCCAGCAAGAUCUCUAUGUGUCGCUGAUCCAGAUCCUAAUGGCCACCCACUUGCAGGAAGGGUCUACAGUUGUCACCCUCUGUAACACAACUGUUGAAUCACUUCUGAAAAAGACUCCCUUUCACCAGCAACACGUUCACACUCGAAGGGAAAUCCUACAUGAGAUGCAGAAAGUGGCCCUGUUCAAGAUUGAAAGCUACUGGCUCCCCAACUUUUUCAUUCAUUGCAAAUUAAGCAUGGAAGAAGAGCCCAAGUGUCUCCGACUACUCAAGCAGUAUCAGGACCGCUCACUUCAAGUUGGCCUGCAGAGGCAGAAGUUGACAGCUAUGCCUCCGAUGAGCAUCCGAGAAAGCCAUUUGGACACAAAAUUCUACUUCAGUUUGAAAAACAAGAGGGAACUCUGGGAUCAGAUCAGAGGUAGGAGCCUUUCUCACAAAGGGAAAAAAAAAGAUGGCCGCAGCCAGAAGUCCAAAUCAUAUAAAGGCAGUCCUGUUGCCAAGAAGCUGAGCUUCUCCAGAAAGAGCUUGUCAAGUGCCAGCCCUCGUCACACAGAACCCAUCUGGGACUCUGAAGAUGGCACGCCUUUCGAUGAAUCGCCGAACUUCAAAAGCAGCCCAAGCCAGUUCUUCACCUCUCCUGUAUUGGAUGAGUUCCCUGACAAAUGCACCUUUAACAAAUUGCGCUCCUCCACUCCGGUGGUGCAGUUCCCUUCCAUGCUCACUCUGAAAACUCUCGUCAAAUCUUCCCCAUGCUUAGACUUCCUUCCUUGGGUGCUCACGGCUGACAAAUGUGCUGGACGCCCCUUCAGGGAGUUUUUGCUACGGCGGAACUACGCAGUAGAAGUCCAUCUCCUUGAUCUGUGGCAUGACCUGGAGGACUUCUUGCGCAUGAUGUUGUGCUCCCUUGGUGAAGGGAACAUCCUUCUGCGUCACGUGAUGGGGGAAAGGAUUUGUGAGCUGUAUCUGACGCAGAGCAACAACUGGCAUCUGCCCCUGAAACUAACAACACUCCAGAGCUUGCAGAAUCUCCUGCCUUCUGGUCAUGUGAUUCCCUGGGUCCUGAAGGCACAGAAGGAAAUCUGUAAGGUGGGAAGUAGAAAGGGUGCUUCGCUGCUUGUAACUAACAUGGCACAAAUGUGCUUUGGCACAUUUGUCAAUCUCACAGAUGCACAGUGUAUUCAAAUUCGGACUUUAAUUGCUGAAGGUGUGGUGAACAGGACUCUUUAUCAUGGUGCUAUCAUUUCCAUCUUCCCACAUAUAUUAUACUUCUGGAAGAAAUACUGUUAUUGGAAAGUGAUGAAAUAUUUCAGAAAACGUAAAGGAGAAAAAACAGAUGAGAUUCUUCCUAUACUACCACUGUCACCUACAAGGGUAGCUAGGAGGUCCAGUGGUUUCAGUGGAGAAGAUCAUCCAAUCAUCAGGUUUACUUUGCUCAAGGGAAUACAGCUACUGCUGCCUCAACCAAGGGAGGCAACAGAUGAAUCACCUGGAGAAAAAUCAUCAAUAGAAAGUGCAUCUCAUAGGAAAUCGUCAUCUGGUGCCUCUGUGCAAAAAAGAAGGAAAGUGAACUCAGCUAUAUUAGAAAGAAGCUACUGUGUGUUUCUUUUGAUAUCAUGGAUAUAUGUCCUGGAGCUGCAUCUACAAAACAUUGCUUGGCGUCCAUUCGUAGGUCAAAGAGCUUCACAUCAAGCAAGGAAGGCUUGCAAGCCACACUUUCUUUUAACAUAGAUAUUAAACAAUUCUCUUUUUGUAUUUCUCUUUACAUCUGGUGCAUUUUAUUUAUUUUAUCUGGUGUGUUUUAAAUAAAAUCGAAUAGCAUUUUAACACAUUGCUACAAUGAAUCAAAAGUAGAAGUUUUAUUGUCACUUAUAUUCAUUGAAUUGAAUAAAAUGAGUUCUGAACAUGAAAACAUUUAUCAUUUUGAUAUAUGAACUUCAAUAAAUUGUUAAAUUUGGAAGUAGAAAGAUUUAUUUAUUGUAUCUUUAUCUCACCUUUCUAACUUUAUAAGUAACUUUAUAAGCAAAU